AUGGAUACAGAACAAUUGCUGGAUGAUAAUGUGCCUGAAGAAUUUUCUGAUGAUAUUAGAAUACAAGAAUUGCAAUCUUUAGAAGCGAUAUAUUCUAACAAAACGGACAUUGAUUACAAAAAUUUGACAGGAUGUGCCACCAUUCCUAUACGGCUUGAAAAAGACAUUGAAAUCAUCUUACAUGAUGAAAACUUACAAGCUUCAGAUAAACAAGUAGAAAUGAAUGUGGGUACGGAAAAUACAGAUAGGCAUAUAUGGAAAGAUAAAAUUAAAAACCUUCCUCCCAUACAAGUUAAGUUCAGAGUGACAGAAAAAUAUCCUUUUGAAGAGCCACCUGAAUUUGAAAUUAAUACGACAGUUUUAUCAGAUGGUGAUGUGGCGUCUCUUUAUUCAAGUUUGCAUAAAUUAUGGGAUGAUUUUAAGGACCAAGUUCUAUAUGCACUGAUUGAUUACAUACAAGAAAAAAUUGAUAACCAUUUAGAAACACUAAUUGGUUCACUGAUAGAUUGUGGAACUGAUAUCGAAAAGUAUCGGAAUUUUCAAGAAUUCAAUGUAUCAGAAGUAAAAUCUCAGUUUGAUAAUGAAACAUUUACGUGUGAUAUUUGUCAAGAUGAUUUUAAAGGCGCAAAUUGCUCUAAGUUUGAUUCAUGUGGUCACGUCUUCUGUAAUGGUUGUCUUUAUGACUAUUUUUUAUCGUUAAUCAAAACGGGAGAUAUUGACAAGGUCCAUUGUCCUCAUUUUCAAUGCACUAAGAAGUUUAUUCAACUAAAAGAGAAGUACUUGAGAUUGGACGGUAUAAAUAUAGAUACAUUCAACUUCAAUGAGUUUAAAGCUAACAUCAUGACUCCACCUAUAACAUUUGAGUUACUAUCUAGAAUAUUGAAUUUUAAAGAUUCGGGUUCUGGCGCGGAAGCAAUGGUCAAAAGGUAUCAAGACCUAUUCAUAAAACAACAGUAUGAUCUUAUUUCGAAAUUGUUUCCUGCAAGGUUAGUUUCAUGUCCUAGGGUUGGAUGUCCAGAGCAAAUAUUUAGAGAAAAUACAAGUGAUCCCCUAGUGAUAUGCCGAAGGUGCAAAUACGCAUUUUGCAAUGAUUGCCAUAAAUCAUGGCACGGUUCCUAUUAUAAAUGUGUCAAGAAGAACAAGAGCCAUAUGUAUUCUGAUAUUCCUAUAGAGGAAUUAGACUUGUGGCUAGAAAGUGAAGAAAACUCAAAGGAUCGAAUUAGAUUGGGAUAUCUUUAUGGUAAAGCUUUGAUCCGUAAGAUGGCUAACGAAUAUCUUAUGGACAAGAUGUUCAACGAUAUGUUGAAUGAUGAAAACCAAGGUUUGAGAAAAUGCCCCACUUGCGAAAUCAUUAUUCAAAGACUUGAUGGCUGUAAUAAAAUGUGCUGCUCAUCGUGCCGUACAUUUUUUUGUAAUUUAUGUGGCUGCUAUUUAGAUUAUUCUCGGCCAUAUGACCAUUAUAAAGAUUUUGAAAGUCCUUGUUAUGGUAGGCUAUUCGAGGGUAUGCCGGGUUUGGAAGAGGAAUGA